AUGGCGGUGGCUUCGUCAAAAAAGCUUUGGCCGUGGCUGCCUGUUGAGGUGGUAGAAGAAGAGAUACUUGGAAGACUUGGGAUCGAGGAUGUGAUGCGAGCCAAGUCGGUGUGCAAAGAAUGGUACGCUGUCUUCAAGGACAAGAGAUUCAUCUACAAACACUUGGAACUCUCCCAGGAAAAUGAUGCACGACGACGGUUCAUUCGCAUUCAUCAUACUAGUUUUCAAAUCAUGAAUCCGGUGACCCUUGAUCUCUUAACUCUACCACUCCCGUCCGAGUUGAUUGUGGGUAGUGAACUCCAUUAUUGUUUUCAAUGUGCUAUUCACUGCGACGGAUUAUUGCUGUGCGCUUUUGGUGACGGAAACAAGGAAAGGCGCAAGCUUGCAGUUUGGAAUCCGGUUUUAAGCAGCAGCAGCAGCAGCAGCAGCGCAGUCAAAUUGAUUGAACCCCCCUUGCAUGCUUCUUACCAACCUUCUGAUAAGUACGGUUUUGGAUACGACAAUGACCACAACUACAAGGUUUUGAAGUUUCACUGCUACCCAACUAGUAGUGAGUAUGAGAUAUAUGACUUCAAAUCUAAACUCUGGAGGGUCAUUCCUGGUAUUACUUCCGAUUGGAUCGUGUUUUUCAAGUACGUGUCUAUGAAGGGAAACAUGUAUUGGCUUGCUAAACCCAGGAGUGGGCGGGGUUAUUCCCAAAUGUUCAUCCAAAGUUUCGAUUUCUCCAAAGAGACAUUCAAGCCCUUAACAUGUUCUUCUAAUUUCCCCGUUAAGAUUGAGGUUGAUCUGGUCCUUGGGGAGUCUCUUGAUUUAGUUGUCUUGUCAAGCUUCGGAGGAGAUAGGCUUUCUUUAUUGCAUCAACACCGCGUUGGACACGACGACACCCCAAGGAUCGAGGUUUGGGUCACAAACAAGGUGACUGAUGCUGCUGCUGCUGUCUCAUGGACUAAGUAUUUUAAUGUGACUCACCCUCAUCUCCCUAUAUUGAAUCCCCAUCCCUACGCUAACGGUAUUCCCACAUACUUUAUCCACGAGAAGACCAAUGGUGGUGGUGGUGGUCUCAUGUUAUGGUGCGAUAAACUUCUUGUCCAAGAGGAGGAUAAAGAUGAUGUACAAAUAAUGGAUUAUGAUAUUGCUUGUCCCAGCUUUUACGAAAUUAGUGAGGGAGGUGAGAUCAAAAACCAAGUUGACACAGGACCACUGUGGUAUGCACUUGGCCGUAGCACUUUUACAUGUGGCGGUCUUUACGUUCCGAGUCUUGUUCCUCUUCCAGAAUAA